UCGGGUCGGGAUUCGGGGUGUCGGAAACUUCUUUGACGUUGCCUAUUGCUGAGACCUGGGGUGGGGAAGAAGAGGGAUCGAGGGAGAGGAGAGUUGCCUUUCUGCCUGAUCCGGUGUUGGUGCGCGAGAGAUCUCGAAGUGCUAGAAUUGUGUCCUCCAUAGGACAUAACUAAACAAGAACAAUUAUAACAAAUACAAACCUAGAGUUCUCAGUUUAGAACUGGGACAAUGCCUUCUCAGAAAAUAGAAACGGGUCACCAGGAUGUGGUUCAUGAUGUUUCGAUGGACUACUAUGGCAAGCGCCUGGCCACAGCCUCUUCUGACUCUACCAUCAAGAUUAUUGGAGUAAGUGGCUCCUCGCAUCAGCACCUUGCUACCUUGACUGGCCACCAGGGUCCAGUCUGGCAGGUCGCAUGGGCCCACCCUAAGUUUGGAUCCAUGCUUGCCUCCUGCAGCUAUGAUGGCCGUGUGAUCAUAUGGAAGGAAGGAAGCAAGCCUGACGAGUGGACUCAGGCGCACAUUUUCUCCGAGCACAAGUCCUCUGUCAAUUCCAUUGCAUGGGCGCCGCAUGAGCUUGGCCUGUGCUUGGCCUGUGGUUCCUCAGAUGGGAACAUCUCGGUUUUCACUGCUCGAACGGAUGGAGGCUGGGACACUACUAGGAUUGACCAGGCCCACCCAGUUGGAGUCACUUCUGUCUCAUGGGCUCCAGCAAUGGCACCAGGUUCCCUUGUCAGUUCAGGACAGUUUGAUCCUGUCCAGAAGCUUGCGUCUGGUGGCUGUGAUAACACGGUUAAAGUGUGGAAGCUUUACAAUGGGAGUUGGAAGAUGGAUUGUUUUCCUGCUCUUCAGAUGCACACUGACUGGGUGAGAGAUGUGGCUUGGGCACCAAAUUUGGGGCUCCCAAAGACUACCAUUGCUAGUGCUUCACAGGAUGGGACUGUGGUUAUAUGGACAGUGGCGAAGGAAGGUGAUCAGUGGGAGGGUAAAGUUCUGCAUGAUUUUAAGGCCCCUGUUUGGAGGGUGUCAUGGUCAUUGACAGGGAACAUCUUGGCUGUGGCUGAUGGGAAUAACAAUGUCACAUUGUGGAAAGAAGCAGUGGAUGGGGAGUGGCAGCAGGUGACAACAGUUGAGCCAUAGAGAUUGAUAUUACUGCUUGGACUUUCUUUUCCCAUUGCUAUUGGAUGGUCUGUGGCAUCAAUUUGGGUAAUCGGCUAGUCUUAGUUGCUUCGUUAAUGAGAAGAUCUAGCUGUUCUUUUUAAGUAUUUGGUCUUUAAAAAUGUUUUGCUUGGUUUGGCUUACAUACAUAAGAAUCAGAGAUGUUACUUAAAUACAUUUCAUGAUUGAAAGUGUCUUUCCUGGAAUUUGGUGUUUCAGUUUUUUUCUUUCUUAAAUUAUCUUGAUACACUUCUCAUGUUA